UUAUUAUCUUGGGCUUAGACAAGGUAAGCGGUUUUGCACUCUUACACUCUCCUCCAUCCAUUGCUCUUCUCAUCCCCAUGAGAAUCCGCAGAAGGCCAGCCUUUCUCCUCCCUUCUCCUCCUAAUCAAACCCCAGAUCUAUUAACUCAAACUCAUGAGCUCGCAAACAACCAUACAUGGCGCUCCCAACCAGCUGAUCAGCAAGAUUUCAAUAGAAAAGUUUCAGAAGGCCGGUUAUUGCACUCAGUUGAAGAUCUGAAACCAGAACACAACAAAGCUUCUCCUUUCUUUGUUCUGGAUCAGUCCGAUCAAAGCUCCCUCUCCUCAUUUCUCGAUUCGAACAGAGAUCUGAAAGAACCUCAUUCUCAGAAUCCAUCGGUUAAUGCCACUAAAAGCAGCUCAGGUGCACCGCCGCCACCGCCGCCGCCGCCGGCGAAUAGGAGGAGAAGACCAGCUCUGUUAAUGGAGGGUUCGAGGUGUAGCCGAGUUAAUGGAAGAGGGUGGCGUUGCAGCCAGCCAACGCUGGUUGGUUACUCUCUCUGUGAGCACCAUUUAGGUAAAGGUAGACUGAGGAGUAUGAGCUCAGUUAAGGAGAAGCUUGAAAAUAGUUCGCCGGAGGUUGAGUUGAGGAAGAAGACGAAGAAGAAGAUUGGAGUGUUUAAAGCUAGGUCUCUUAGCAGUCUUCUCGGUGAUGAGAUCGCCGGCGAUUUGGCAUUGCCGCCGCAGCAUCUCCGGCGAACUGGUGAGAGGUAAUAAUAUUAUAUCUGUCUUGAUCAUUUGGCUUAAAUGUCUUAAUUUUAUUCGAAGGAUCAU